GUCAGGAAUAGUUGAAUGACUAAUUCGUUCCCCACAAGUCCGAUCGCUAUUUCCAGUUACUGCGGGUUGAGAUUGCCUAUUUCCGGAGAGGUAUGCGACGGCGCCCGGCAAUAAGUUAUUCUUAACUCCGACCGUUCACCCAAGCUCGACAUCGGCGAUCUCUGAUUAGAAAGCCGGAGUAUAGACGAUUGCAAAGCUAAGGUCCGGAGACGAAAUGGCCUGAUCAGUAUGGUACCAUCUGCCGCUCAGUGAUAUAAAUCAAUAACUCCCUCCAGAUACAGCUCUGGUCGGGGGUCUAGUCAACUGAAUAUUGCAUCUACUCAAACUUCCCUCACAUCAGAAUUCUCCAGAAGAUGACUUCCAAAAUAAUUCUCAUCACCGGGGCAAACUCGGGCGUCGGCCUAGCAACAGCAAAGGUCCUAGGCCAGUCCCCGGAGGACUUCCACAUUGUCAUGGCAGGCCGGUCUCUCGACAAAGUCGAAGAGGCCAAGUCGGAGCUCGAGGCCAGCGGCGUUCCAAAGAACCGUCUAUCGGCCGUGCAGCUAGACGUCACCGACAACAGCUCCAUCCAACAAGCGGCAUCUUUCGUCGAGGACAAGUUCGGACGCCUCGACGUGCUGAUCAACAACGCAGGGGUCUACAGCACGGAUCCGGAUAUCCAGACCCGCUUCCGCGUCUCCUUGGAAACAAACGUCACCGGCCCGGUCUUGGUGUCCCUGGCUUUCAGAUCGCUGCUCCUCAAAUCCCCGGGUCCGUACUCUCUCUACGUGAGCAGCGUUCUGGGAUCCAUCGGCCUGUCAGACAAUCCGAAGUCAGAGCUAUACCGCUCCCUCCCCGCUUCGAUUGCAUCGGUGUAUCGAGCAAGCAAGGCGGCGCUUGACAUGGUGGUGGUGCAGGAGUCGAUCGAGAUGAGUUCGACGGGCAUGAAGGUGUUUGCCUUGUGUCCGGGAUUCGUGGUGUCCAAUCUCCGAGGGACCAGCGAGCAAGCUAGGACUGGAGGGGGAAAGGCUGGAGAUCCUGAGGUGUCUGGGAAGACCAUCCUGAGUAUUGUGCGAGGCGAGCGUGACGGAGACGCGGGGAAGUUUGUCCAUAAAGAUGGUGUUUAUCCUUGGUAAAGGCCGCCAGGGGAUUUGUGCUGUGGAACUUUUGACAGGCCUUGUGCAACCCUGCUACUAUGGUAUAUCGAUAUUGCCGUUGCUACUGUUAUCUAAUGGCUGCGCUGUCUUUAAUUAUUUGGAAAUCACACCAAAAGUGGCCGAAUUAAUAUGGAUUGCGUAUGAAUUCCGUAAUUCUGACUCCAAACGCCAACGACUGUGGAAAGUUCCGCUUUUUUGCUGAGCCCGCUUCCAGACUGGAAGGUUGGAAAACGGUAUU